AUGGAGGAGGCAGUAGUUCUAUACCCUUCACCACCUAUUGGCCACUUGGUUUCUAUGGUGGAGCUAGGCAAACUCUUACUCACUCAUAGACCUUCCCUUUCCAUUCAUAUUCUCGUUGCUGCUUCACCCUAUAUUGCAGGCAAAACUGAUAAAUACAUUGUCACUGUUUCUGCCAUCGUUCCUUCCAUCAGAUUCCACCAUCUCCCCGCCGUUACCCCAGUUUCCACUACUGUAACCCACCAUGAAGAGCUCACUUUGGAGGUCCUUGACCUUAGCAAACCGUAUGUUCAUGAAGAACUCUUCAACAUAUCCAAAAAGUAUAAAAUUCAUGGCCUUAUUAUGGACUUCUUUUGCACUUCUGGUCUUUCUGUGGCCAAUGAAGUUAACAUCCCUAGUUACUUUUUCAUUACUUCUGGUGCUUGUUUUCUUGCUCUUUUUCUUUACCUCCCUAUCCUUCACCAAAACACCAACAGAAGUUUCAAAGAUAUGAAAGAUUGCCUCCUUGAUAUUCCUGGCUUGCCACCUCUUCUUGCUACUGAUGUGCCAAAGCCUUUUCUUGAACGAGACAAUAAGGCCUAUGAAUACUUUCUUGAUUUUGCCACUCAAUUCCCUCAAGCAGCAGGAAUUAUGAUCAACACAUUUGAAUCGCUGGAGUCCAGAGCUGUUAAGGCAAUAUCAGAUGGGCUCUGUGUGCCUAAUAACUGCACACCACCGAUUUCUUGCAUAGGUCCAUUGAUUGUAGCUGAUGAUAAAAGAGCUGGUAACAGCAAGACUAGUGAAGAAAUGCAUGAGUGUAUAACUUGGCUUGAUUCCCAACCAAGCCAAAGUGUUGUGUUUCUUUGUUUUGGUAGCUUGGGGCUGUUUCCCAAGGAGCAGUUAAGGGAGAUAGCCAUUGGGUUGGAAAAAAGUGGACAUACGUUCUUGUGGGUGGUUCGGAAUCCACCUUCUCACAAUCUUAGUGUAGCCAUCAAAGCACAAGGAGACCCUGAUUUGGAUUCUUUGCUUCCUGAAGGUUUCUUGGGACGAACUCAAGAGAGGGGAUUUGUGGUGAAGUCAUGGGCACCACAAGUAGAAAUUGUGAACCACAGUUCAGUAGGUGGAUUCGUGACUCAUUGUGGGUGGAAUUCUACACUUGAGGCAGUGUUUGCUGGUGUGCCAAUGGUGGCUUGGCCAUUGUAUGCAGAGCAAAGGCUGAAUAGGGUAGUUUUAGUGAAGGAAAUGAAGCUUGCUUUGUCCAUGGAUGAGUCUGAAGAUGGAUUUGUGAGCGCUGAUGAGGUCGAGAAGAAGGUUAGGGGAUUGAUGGAGUCUGAGGAAGGCAAAGAGAUUAGGGAGAGAGCUAUCGCUACGAAGAUUGCAGCCAAGGCUGCAAUAAGUGAAGGUGGAUCUUCUCAUGCGGCAUUGUCAAAGCUUCUUGACUCAUGGAAGCAGGAAAAAUGA